UGACAAAUUUAAAAAUAUUUUCAAUCAAGACUGUGUCCGCAAGAUCUUGUGUAUUUUAAUAUUUGACAGAUGUCGCUUACUAUCUGUUGCGCUCUAUGUGUUCAGCACAUAACUUGCAAACUUCGUCUUCCUGGUGGCUAGCAGAUGCUAGCACUUAGGAAACAGACUUGUUUAUUGUUGACAUUUGGUGUUUUUAUUUUAUAUUAUAUUUUUGAACGACACAGUUGAAGAACUUGUUACGCCAAGAAAAAGUUAUUUUUAUACAUUUGUUUUGCGUGGCUUAAUUUUCACAAAAUAAACCUUUUUGAAAUAUUGGUAAAGUUGGUUUAAUUAAAUAAAAACUGAAGAUAACAAUUUCUUACAAAAUUAAGGCUCUAUGGAGAAUAAUUGGGAUUUUUAUAAAAAAUCUGAAGUGAAUAACUCUGACGGUGAUGAUAAUUUUUGUAAUACAAACAAAAGUAACAAAUCAAAAUGGUGGUCCAUACCCGAGCCAAUAUUAUUUCGAAUAUAUUGGUUGCUGCCAAUAAAGGACUUACUCAAUGCAGGAGCGACUUGUAAACGAUGGUUCACCCUCUCAAAUGACGAACUUAUGUGGAAACAGAAAUUUUUACUUCAUUAUAAAGUGGAUCCUACAAUAGGGCUCAAACCGGGAGCUGAAUCAUGGAAAAGUGAAUAUAAACGUUUAAACUGGAAUAUACCUUUUGUUCAGUCGCAGCGCCUCGAAGCCCACACACAUCAAGUGCUCCAUGUUAGUUUUUCACACAAUGGGCAAAUGUUUGCCACUUGUUCAAAGGAUGGUUACGUAAUAGUCUGGAAUUCAAGUCAUCCUUGUACAGAGAAGUAUUCGCACAACAUGAAGCAAUUCAGCUGGAAAUAUACUCAAUAUUCCCAGUUUAAUCAAAGUGAUACCCUUCUCCUCGUAUCUGGUGUACAUUUCGGAUCACCAAUUAGUACAUCUGGAGAAAUCGCAGUCUUCACUGUGGAAGGAAAAGACGGAUCACGUUUACGUUGUCGUGUAGUUAAUCGCCCAUAUGAUAUAUUUGGUACAUGGUUCAGUGACCAAUACCUAAUAUCUGGAGAUUUACAUUGGCUGGCUCAUCUGCUAAGUUACUCUGAACUAUGGUUAAAUAAAGCAAAUCAGGAAAUUGAUUCGGAGCAUGUACCUAUUAUGAACAAGUUGUAUAAAUUCUAUAACACAAAUGCUAGUUCCGUACGGGCUUUAAUGGUAGCUAAUUGCCCGUGGUUAGAUGAUUCAAAUAACCCUUUGGUCGAAGAAGUUAAACUUAGCAACUCAAAGCAGUCUUUUGGUGAAGUGUUAGUUAUAAAUGAAACGGAACCCACACCAACAACUUCUGCAGGAAAUCCACUUUCUCAUGCAGCCACAGUACGAAGAUCACAACGUAGUGUUACACCCGAGUAUUUAUUAAACAUACUUCAACACAAGGCAUCGACUUCCACCAACACCAUUACUUCAUUUGGAAAUAUUUCAAACCAUAACGACUCCACUAUUCGUUAUUUAGAAGAGUAUCGGCGUGAAUACCCUACCGAAAAUGAAGGCCACUCAUCGGAGGAAUCUGAUGACGGUUUGGAUUUUACGGAUGACUACGAUGAUGAAAUGGAAAGCUCUGUACCCAAGUACUUAAUAUUCUCAACUGGAUCGAAAACUUAUACACCACACCAAAUAGGAAUUAAACGUAUACGAAAUGUAACAUUUCCAAAGAAACUUGAUCCCGGACCUUCACUAAAAGAAAGAAUUGCCGCAAAAAAGGCCGCCGAAAGAGAGAACCAAUUGCGAGCUGAUCCUGAUUGGUGGAAUUACGAUUCUAUUGCUCAUUUAUUUGACAAGGUAGACAAAGUAAUAGACUUACAUGGGCACAUUAUUGGUAUGGCGUUAAGCCCUGAUAAUCGUUAUUUAUAUGUCAAUACCCGACCGUGGCCAAAAAAUUAUGUGAUAACUAAUGCGCUAGAACCACCUCCAAUUGCGCAGGAAAUAGACAUUCAUGUUAUUGAUUUAAUGACCUUGAAACGUGUGGGUAACAUGUUACGUGCCCAUAAAGCAUACACUCCAAGUACAGAGUGUUUUUUUAUAUUUCUCGACGUAUGUGAAGAUUAUGUUGGCAGCGGCGCGGAAGAUAUGCAUGCAUACCUUUGGGACCGAUAUUAUGGUAUAUGCCUUGCGAAAUAUAGACAUGCUGAUGUAGUAAAUAGCGUUGCAUUCAAUUCUCGUGACUCGGAAAUGCUCGUAACGACCAGUGAUGAUUACACAAUUAAGAUUUGGCGCUCUCGAGCAAAGGCAAAACAAUUCAACAUCGUAUCAAAAAAUCAUAAUGAGGCUUUUGAAUUAAAAAAUACUUUUAUAUAACGCUUCAAAGAAAAGUAAUAUACGUAAGUACUUAUGUUUGGAUAAAUUAAUUCUAAAUCAAUUCCUUUAGCGUUUGAAAGGCAGGAUUGCGCGAUUUUUCUUCCAAAAAUAGAGUGCAUUAAAGACGCAACAAGUCGUUUUUAAGUAUUCUCAUAAAAAUUUUUUAGAGAAUUUGUUAAUAAAUACAUAUGUUCCUUAAACAUUAAAUAUACGGAACAGAAAUGACGCAAUAAGUUUGUUGAUAAAUUUUUUACUUUUAUUUAUGUUUGAUAAUUUAAAGUAUUUCACUUAAUAAAUUUUUAAUAUGGUGUGAAAAAUGUAAAUUGUUAAAUUUUUGGUUCAAUAUACCAAUGUAACAGACGUGCAAAUAAACCCCAACCGAAAAAACAAA